AUGAAAAUGGAGGAGCAAGACUCUGUGAACUGCAUGGUGAAGACUGGGUUUGGAGGGGCAGGAGCAGCCCCUCAUGCCCCACAACCAAAGAGCGCCAGGGAAUUCCACCUAAGGAGGCCGGAAGAACAGAUCAAACAGGAAGAGGAUGAGGGAAAGUUUCAGAGGUGGGAAACCCAGUGGGAGGAGUUCCUGACGACAGCGGAGUCCCCCCACUCAAGCUGGGGGACCCCACGGUUGCCGGAGGAUCCCACCCCCUGGGACGACACCAAGGCCUUCCUGGCCUCCUUCGAGCAAGUAGCCGAAGCCUGCCGCUGGCCCCAGGAAGAGUGGGUGACCUGGCUCCUGCCAGCCCUCCGGGGAGAAGCCGAGCGGGCCUUCAGCAGGCUGGAGGGCCGGGACAGAGAGGAUUAUGGGAAAGUGAAAGCGGCCAUCUUGUGGCAGGACGCCGUGCGGAGGGAGAAGCAGCGCCAGCACUUCCGGCGCCUCUGCUACCAGGAGGCCGAGGGGCCCAGGGGGGCCUACAGCCGGCUCUGGGAGCUUUGCCACGGAUGGUUAAGGGUCGAGAAGCACACCAAGGAGCAGAUCCUGGAGCUGCUGGUUCUGGAGCAGCUCCUGACCAUCCUGCCCCGGGAAAUGCAGAGCUGGGUGAGGGAGUGCGGCCCUGAGACCUGCUCCCAGGCGGUGGCCCUGGCCGAGGACUUCCUCCUGAGGCAGCGAGAGGCCGAGAGAGAGGAGAAAGAGGUGAGGCCAUUGCACAGCUGCCUCACACUGAGUCAGACCAUCAGUCCCUCCGGCUCUGUGUUGUUUGACACGGGCUGGCAGCAGCUCUCUAGGAUACUUAUUUGCAUGUUUUGUCUUGUAUUUUAUUCUGUGAACCACCCUGAGAUCUUUCAAUGAAGGGCGGAAUAUAAACCUAAUACAGUGGUACCUCGGGUUACAGACGCUUCAGGUUACAAACUCCACUAACCCAGAAAUAGUACCUCAGGUUAAGAAUUUUAUUUCAGGAUGAGAACAGAAAUCACACUCUGGCAGCAUGGCGGCAGCGGGAGGCCUCAUUAGCUAAAGUGGUGCUUCAGGUUAAGAACGGUUUCAGGUUAAGAACGGACCUCCAGAACGAAUUAAGUGCUUAACCUGAGGUACCACUGUAAAUAAAUAAAUAAAUUUUCAGACUGGGAGAGGUUCCCAGCCCUACGUAGAGAUGCCAGGGAUUGGAACCUGCACACAAGGCAGAUGUAGAAGGUACAAAGUUCAGUCCCUGGUCUCCAGGUGAAGCUGGGAAUGUCCGCUGCCUGAAAUGGUGGAAAGCUGCUGCCAGCCAGUGUUGACAAUACUGAGCUAGGUAGACCAAUAGACUGACUCUGUAUGAGGCAGCUCCUAUGUAGCCAAUGUGGAGUUUGACCAUUCCUACAGGCAGAGCUGUAGCUAGCUGAUCUUGCGCCCCUGGCAGAACUGUCCUGAUUGUGCCCCCUAGCCACAGACAAAUUAGUUCUUUUUUCCACCUCGCCUCCAACCCCCCCAUUCAAUUCACCCUCUAUUAUUAUUAUUAUUAUUAUUAAUAAUAAUAAUAAUAAUAAUUUAUUUCUGCCCCACCCAUAUGGCUGGGUUUCCCCAGCCACUCUGGGCAACGUCCAACAAAAUAUUUAAAAAACCAUUUCUUAUGAGGCAAUAAUCAAUAUUUAUAUUUAUGAACAUAUUUUUAGCCGAUUUUGUGGGGCCCCCCCAUUACCUGUGCCCCUGGUGGGGGCCCACCUCACCACCCCCUAGCUAUGGCCCUGCCUACAGGGCAAGAUCUUAAAUUAAAAAAAGGGGGGGGGAUUUUAAUUCACAAAUUUCAGUAUCAUAAAGCACAACAAUAGCAAAACAAACAGUUGCAGAUCCCUGAUGUGUUGCCGUGACAGUAUAUAAUUGGAAAGAAGUGAUGAGCAUUAAAAUUGGGUAAGCAGUAAAAAAAACUGGUAUCGGACAUAAAGGUAAAGGUAAAGGGACCCCUGACCAUUAGGUCCAGUCGUGACCGACUCUGGGGUUGCGGUGCACAUCUCGCUUUAUUGGCCAAGGGAGCCGGCAUACAGCUUCCGGAUCAUGUGGCCAGCAAACCAAAGCAGCGCACGGAAACGCUGUUUGCCUUCCCGCUGGAGCGGUACCUACCGUAUUUUUUGCUCUAUAAGACUCGCUUUUUCCCUCCUAAAAAGUAAGGGGAAAUGUGUGUGCGUCUUAUGGAGCGAAUGCAGGCUGCGCAGUUAUCCCAGAAGCCAGAACAGCAAGAGGGAUUGCUGCUUUCGCUGCACAGCGAUCCCUCUUGCUGUUCUGGCUUCUGGGAUUCAGAAUAUUUUUUUUCUUGUUUUCCUCCUCCAAAAGCUAGGUGCGUCUUAUGGUGUGGUGCGUUUUAUAGAGCGAAAAAUACGGUAUUUAUCUACUUGCACUCUGAUGUGCUUUCGAACUGCUAGGUUGGCAGGAGCAGAGACCGAGCAACGGGAGCUCACUCCGUCGCGGGGAUUCGAACCGCCGACCUUCUGAUAGGCAAGUCCUAGGCUCUGUGGUUUAACCCACAGCGCCACCCAGGUCCCUUGGUAUCGGACAUAGCCCCUCCCAAAUCCAGGGUGGGUAGUUGGACCUUGUGGAACUCUCAGGAGGAUCAUUUAUGAAAGUUAGGAAUGCAAACCGUACUCAAAUUGACUCAGUGCAGUUUGGCCUCUCGCUCUCCAUGUAUAAGGCAAUAAUAAUAAUAAUAAUAUAUUGAAUUUAUAUACCGCCAUAUACCCGGGGGUCUCAGGGUGGUUCUCAGAAUAAAAUCAAGAUAUAAAACCACAAAAUACAUAAUGAAAAUAAAAACAACCCGGUAGGUGAGCAAGAGAUGCUUAUGCCAAUACACAGUCACUAAGCCCUGUGCCCAACUCACCAUUCCCCUGUCAUUCCCCCUACAUUAAUCCCCUAGUUUCCCCUUCCCACCUUAGGUAAUUGUUGUAAGCUGCCCAGGAGGGUGGGGUAUAAAUAAUAAAAUUAUUAGUAGUAGUAUUGUAACUACUAAGCUCACUUGUCACUUUCCCAAUCACAUUUCUUCAUGCAAAUCCAGGAUGGUUGUGUGGCUCUACAAAUCCUCCAAUGGGGGCUGCAUGAUGACAGCCUUACCUUUUUAUGUAUAUGGGGAGAAAAACCAGAGACCGUUUUCCAGCCGCCAGCCACUGUUGAGCUGUCUGCAGCAGGGAGGGAAAAUAGGAGAUGAUAGGAGAAGAGGAGAUUAUGCAGAUGACAUAAUCAAUUUUAAAUUUUGUAUCCUGUAUGCUUUCAUAAUCAAAAGUCACUCUGGGACGUUUUUGUAGUAAAUGACAAGUAAACGCAUGUCAUCCCCAUCCCCCUCAUCUUGCACUUUGUCUUCCAUCCAGAUCCUGAUGCCAUUUGUGGAGGUGGCUGUGAGUUUUUCCGAGGCAGGCCCGGCCUCGGCCGACCUCAAACCGAGGGAGCUGUGCCUGGAAACUAAGCCAGGAGGUGAAACCGUCCUUUUGGGUAAGUCUGCUCCCUUGCCCUCGAGUCUUCGGAUGCUCAUAGAAUCAUAAAGUUGGAAGGGAGAAAAACAGAAGACAGAAAAACAGUUAAAAACAACAGUUAAUUGAAUAACAGUCACAACAGAAUGGAAUGCCUCUCUCACAGUCAGCCAAUCACAUAAGAGCUACUGCCAAAGGAAAAACUCCAUGCUAAAAACAGACAACAUAAUUCAACAUAAGCAGCUUCUUCUUUGGCGAUCACUCAUAGGUGAGUAAGAUUGUCUUCCAGAAACACGGUUUUAACAGUGAGUCCAUAAGUGACUUUGGAGGCCAAUUCUGGAUCCACAUGUCCUUCCACAGUGGGAACAUAGGUUUCCAGGCGGGAGUUGAUUAUGGUGUGGGUUUGCCAAGUAUGUCUUCCUUUUAGCACAUUUCUCCCUUUCCUCUUGAGUUUGAGCAUCUUCAAAACCCAUGACACCUUUGAUAAAGGCUGUUCUCCAGUUGGAGCACUCGCAGGCCAGUGUUACCCAGCUUUUUUAGAUUUGCCUUGAGACAGUCUUUAAACCUCUUUUGUUGACCACCAGCAUUACGCUUUCCAUUUUUAAGUUUGGAAUAGAGUAGUCACUUUGGAAGACGAUCAUUAGGCAUCUGCACAACAUGACCAGUCCAACGAAGUUGAUGUUGAGGAAACAUGCCCAUUUUAGAAAAUUAAGCUGUUAACGUUAUUUACAGUAGCUGGCUUUUUUCUCUCAUUUGCCCCAGAUUAUGGACAAGGAGAUGAAAGCAAAGAAAAUAAAUACCAUCUUGAGGAUCUAAAGCCCAUGGAGCCUUCUCAAAGGAGAGCCAGAGAAAGCUUUCCUCAGGAUCACGGGGAAGAGGGAGCCUUUGAGGAUGAGCACGGACCUCGGGGGCAGCUGGCUGACCACUGCCUUGGGAGCGCGAUGAUGGAUCGAUCCAUUUCCCCCAUGUUGGAUGAGGAGGCCUUCCACGGGAGCCUCAGGUGGCAGAAAUCAGACUCCCUCAGCGUCCCGGAGGAAGCUUUCCAGCAGGGCCCCAUCACGCAUGAUGCUCAGGAGGGGUCCUGCCAGUGCGCAGAGUGUGGGAAGGUCCUCAGCCGCAAGGACCAUCUCAAGAGGCACCAGCAGAUCCACACGAGGAAGAAGAAGCCCCACCAGUGCUCCUACUGCAGGAAGUGCUUCCGUCAGAGGUCGGACCUCGUCUUCCACGAGAGGAUCCACACGGGGGAGAAGCCACACAAAUGCUCCGCCUGCGGGAAGAACUUCCGCAGCACUUGCCAGCUGAUCGUCCAUGAGAGGACGCACACCCGGGAGAAGCCCUACAAGUGUUCCACCUGCGGGAAGAGCUUCAGCCAGAACGCCAACCUCACGGUGCACCUGAGGACCCACACCGGUGAGAAGCCCUACAAGUGCUCCGCUUGCGGGAAGACCUUCAUCCAGAAAUCCCACCUCGUGAAACAUGAGAGAAUCCACACCAGGAAGAAGACGUGCCGUUGCGUAGCUUGGAAAGAGCUUCCGCCGGAAUGA